UUUUAUUUCCUAGAAAACAUGUCAAAUAUAUAUACUCAUAUCUUGCAAUGUUCAUUUCGUUACAUUGAAACAUUUUUGGGAUGCGCAAUUACUUUCAGCUGAAAAAGAGAGUAAAGAACUGAUACCUAUACAUUUAUUGAACAUUCUGAAACAAUGGCCGUUAAAACGAACGCAAAACAAUUUCUCGAAUCACUCGUGGCGGGUGAUAUGAUAACAUUUCACAGUCAAACAGCCACACAUUGGGGAAUUUAUGUCGGAGACAAGAAGGUCGUACACCUUACUGGGGAGGUCAUAACAAAUUCAAGUGAUCAAAGCGAAGCUUUGUUCACUGUCGCCGGUAAACAAUAUACAAAAGCAGCUGUUAAGGAGGACGAUUUCCUUGAUGUUGCCGAAGCAUUCGAUAAAUACGAGAGAAAUUGCAAGGACACACCUAAGAUGACCCCGGAUGACCCUGAAGAUAUAGUAGAAUUAGCUAAGACAAUGGUCGGAAACAUAUACUACAAUGAAAUGUGGAACAGUUGCAAGAAACUGGCCAUCUACUGCAGAUAUGAUUUAAGUAACCUAUCUGGAACUUGCGAUGAAAACAAUGAAAACGAUGAAGACAAUGAAGUCAAUGAAGACAAUGAAGUCGAUGAAGACGAUGAAGACGAUGAUGACGAGAGAGCAGGCCAAACACCUAUGACCAUGAUGACUGCAACUCCUUGGGUAACAGGCCAGAGACGUAUGAUGGCGGCUCCUAAGAGAGCAGGCCAAACACCUAUGACUGCAGCUCCUUGGGUAACAGGCCAGAGAUGUAUGAUGGCGGCUCCUAAGAGAGCAGGCCAAACACCUAUGACUGCAGCUCCUUGGGGAAUGGAUAUUGAUACCGCCAUGGUCGGAUCGCCUUUCAAAAUGGGAGCAGGCCAAGUUCCCAUGGAUGCGGCCCCUUUGGUAAGGUUUAUCUCUUUUUCAUUAUUACGGAUAGAACUAAACAAGGUCCGAGUUUGGAUAUUCUCUUAUAGGAAAAUGUUGUUUCUUUUUGCUGUUUUUAAUGUGAAAAUAAAACUCUAUAUACUUGCGUGCUAGCCCUAAAGCUGUAUACUGUUACAUUACAUUGAUGGACAAAAUUAAAAUAUUGAUUUGCUAGAAGAAAAGAAAGGUUAAGUCUUUGCAACCAGUAUAGCGCCAGGUCAACGUGCACAUAUUGAUGUCCCCGAGAUUUAUUUAUU